AAGCAUUUCCCGCGAGCCUGCAGCCACACAGCCUUCAUCACGGCCGUAGCAGUCUAGCAGAGGCAGAGCAGAGCGCGCAGGGUCCAUGGCCGUCGCCGGCGCGCGGGCCUCCGUCCUCCUCCCCUCCACCCUCGCGGCUUGCACAUCCCCCCGCCCGCGGCUCCUCGCGCUCCAGCUCCGCCACCGCCGCCCGCGCGGCUCCCUCGCCUCGGCGCCGGCCGCGGGCAGGGGGCGGCUCCGGGUGCGCAUGGCGAGGACGGAGUCCACCGGCGUCGCCGUCGGCUUCCGCGCGCCGCAGUUCGAGCUCCCGGAGCCACUGACGGGGAAGCUCUGGACGUUAGAUGAUUUCGAGGGCAACCCUGCACUGCUGGUUAUGUUCAUUUGCAACCACUGUCCAUUUGUAAAACAUCUGAAAAAGGAUAUUGCAAAGCUCACCUCUUUCUAUAUGGAGAAAGGACUUGGUGCAGUUGCCAUAUCGUCAAACUCAAUUAGGACGCAUCCCCAGGAUGGUCCAGAGCGCAUGGCUGAAGAUGCAAAAUUGUUCGAAUAUCCUUUCCCCUAUCUUUACGAUGAGUCUCAAGAAGUAGCAAAAGCUUUUGGAGCAGUCUGCACACCAGAGUUUUUCUUGUUCAAAAAGGAUGGACGAAGGCCUUUCGAACUUUUCUACCAUGGACAGUUCGAUGAUUCAAGACCCAGUAACAAUGUGCCAGUAACAGGAAGUUUUGCAGGGAUCUAAGCCGCGCAAUUGACUGCGCACUCAGUGGCCAAGAAUUGCCUUUUGUACAAAAACCUAGUGUUGGCUGCAGCAUCAAAUGGCACCCAUGAAAAGCUCUAAUGUUGGUGUGCGUUGAGAAAUAUUCAGAUUUUUCACUUCUCAGAGCAAAGAUGUGGAACAUUCGAUUGAGCGCAGGUGCAUAGGAGCAGAUUUUUCAAGUCAGUAUCGAUUGCCUUGGGAACAGAAUUGUGUUGGGAGAAAUAUGUGAAUUUUGCAUCGUAAAGCAGAGCUGUCAGAGCAAAAAUAUAGCGCUAGUGCAGAGAAAGGCCCAUGUAGAGAAGUAUAUAUAUGUACUAAACACAAGUGCUUUACAUGUACUCAUGUGUAGGAGGUCGUUUUUUAUGUGGUAUAAUCCCAAAACUGACGUUACCCAUCGUUUGUACAAGUGCAUAUUAUCUGUCAUCAAAGCAGGGACAAAAUCGCUCGCUUAAUGGAUGCAAGUUCAUUAUGGUUUGGUA